GUUGACCUUUUAGGUAAAUAUUUAGUUUUUUCCUUAAAGGUGCAACGUGUAAUAAUUUCUGGCUAACCUUUUAGGUUAAAAUUCAGUUCCUCAUUAAAGGUGCAGCAUGUAGGUGAUUGUGUCUAACCCUUUUAGGCUAAAAUUAACUGCUAAUUUAGCGACUUUAACUCACAGUGGCUAUUAUAACUAACUGAAACCUUCACUCAAAGACUAAUAACACCCUGUUUGCUAAUAUUCUGAAAGGAAUAACUAGCACAUUUAACACUGCAAGUGUUGUAAGACGUUGCUACGGCAACGCACCAGCUUUUGCUAAAAUACUGAAAGGAAUAGUAUUUUAAGCGUCAGUCACGGCAUUCCGUGCAAUUUAAAAAACGCUAAAACCUGUGCGCACAAAGGUUAAUUUAGUGUUUUUCUGCUACAAAGCUAGCAGUUGCUGCCAAAAGGUGCAGCUUUGAGCUAUCUGCAGAAGCUCUACUAGGCUAUUUUUGGUUCGGUUGUUAAAAUGGAGGGACAGAGUAGUGAACUGACCAACUCCCAGCAACCAGGUGGCGCUGCGGCCCACGAAUGUGAACCUGGCCUACUUUCUGGACAAAUAUUGUCCAAACUGGUCGCAGUUGCUCGAGAACCCGACUACCCUUCUAGGGAUUUCACUGAAGAACAGCGUAGCGAUGAGCUAGAAGCUGUAAUUGGUAAAAUAGAAAACCCGGAUGGUAAUGUUCCAAUUCAGGUGCCCUUGGCUAAUUUAGCCUUGAUCCUCUAUCAGAGGGACCUUCAACGUCGUCAGAAGGUCAUGAACCUCCAGAGUAUGCUAGCUGAAAAACAGCGAAAUGGAAGGCUGAUCAAGGAAGACGACACCAGCACAGAUUCUGGGGAAGAUGGGGAGGAGACCCCGCCCCCCUCUGCUGAUGAGAACAGACAGUGGGAAGGGGGGAUACACCAAGACUCUGAGGCUGAGCCAGAGUCCUCUCCCACACCGGUACGGAAGCAAGCCGGCAAAGCCAACCAGGGUCUGCCCAGGACGGUCGCCAAACCGCAAUUGGUUUCCUCCACCCGAGGAAGCGAGGGACCGCCGUCCCGCCAUAAAGGUAGGCCACACCUUUCCAACUUACCUGGUAGCCCACCUCCUGAUACAUCCCUGUACGAUAAUCAACAGUAUGUAGUGUGGGACUCUCUGGACGGACGCACGCCGCAGGGGAGAGAUGAAGCUCAUCUGUCCCAACCUUCGGCCCCGUUCCCUACACACACUAUAGGGCAUUCAGGACCACCUAGGGGCCGAGGGCAGUUCGCCCUCGAACCCCAGGUUGGACCACCACCCUCAUCUUCACGGCCUUCUCAGUCAGUGAGAAGUCGACCAGCUGAGCGGCACCUCUAUUUAGACCGCUCCCCCAGUCCACGAAGGGCGCAAGGUGCCGGCUGGGGUUAUGCACAAGCCCAACCUGCACCUCAACCAUCUACCCAUCCUAGCUACUCCGGUAUUCGGCAUGCCGGUAACCAGCUGCAGGACAAAGCAUCCUACGCCAGUCCGUACCCGGACAGAGCGUAUUACGCAGAAGCCCCAGUUGAAAGACGCAGGCUGCACUACGCAGACGUGCCCCGGGAGGAGGACCUCCCAGGACACCCACGUGACGUGCCAGCAGCCCGCCACAGCAUGCCGAACCCCGAUUUGGGCCCCAGGAGUCAACAUUGGGAGCCCAGAGCACACCAGCGAUAUCCAGCGCCCUCUGAGACAGACCAUGGGUCAGAGUCAGAGGAUGACGCACUGUACCGUGAGUCAGGACUCCGUGUACGUCAAAUUGAAUCGCUAGCUAAAGACAUAGAACGCUUUGAUCCUAACACCAAUGAAUCCAACGUCGACGAUUCCCUCAGGGAGAUAGAACGUUGUCUGCUUGAUCUUCCAGCACCAUCUUCAAGGGAAAAGCUCAAGCUAAUUUGGAAAACCACAUCUAGAACGGUGCACGGUUUCAUGGAAACUCUACCACCUGACAUUCGAGAUUGGUACUCCUCGCUCUGCCGAGCGUUGAGGGAUGAAUACGCCACGUAUGCAGACUCUGCGUCAGUUACCAUGGGGGCCUUCUCCAUCAAACACGGGAGGAACGAACCCCCCAGAGAGUAUUAUCGCCGACUCAAAAGUGCUUAUUUCCAAGGUCGAAACGGCCCUGGGCUCGAAGAAGACCCUGCCUUCAGAUCCCUGUUCAUUCACAACCUGCACGAGUGUGUUCGAUCCAAAGUCUCAAUGUAUUGUCGGAUGAAAAAACUAACAAUGCAGGGGAUUAGGAGAUACGCUCAACAGGCUUGGGAAGCCGGCGGAAAGCCCCAAAAGCCUGAUGCACAUCACCGCGUCAUGCACCUAGCUCCCGACGCCGAGCCGCGUUUGGAGCUCGAAGGCACAGAAGCUCCACCCACUAAGCCAAAAUCUGCUAAACCUAGACCUGCUAAACCGCAAAAGCAGUCCCAAUCUCCUCAACGGGGAAAGGGGGGUGCUGAUUGGCCGCCUAGGUCUGGACAAUCAGACAGGAAGUGGCCCAACCAAAACCACCGGCAAGCAGGUCGGAACAAAGGUAAGUUUAAGGAGCGCCGCCCACAGGUAAGUCCUGAACGCGAGUCCGCGGAUGAGUCCCUGACCAAAACCGACCUCCAGGAAAUGUUCCAGCAGUUCCUAGCUAAACAAAAGGAACAGCUGAGAUCCGCAGAUGAGACCCCUGCACCAAAGUCUUCUUCUAAGAAGCCAGACCCAGAGCCACCGUCCACAGGACUAGGCGUGGCUCAACCCCCCAGAGAGGCCAAGACCUAUCUGAUCAGCUGGGGGAACACUACUGGUAGGUCACAGGAGUCUCCUGAAAUCUACCCCCCAGAGAAACCUGAUACUAAAUUUCUGAAGUUCCUUGGUGACUUAACAAACCAUGAUCAUGCUUGCCGUUUGUACUGUAGCACCAACGUAGGUGGAUGCAUACAGAUUGAUGCUCUGCUGGAUACCGGCUCAGAAAUCACCCUGAUGUGCUCCACACUGUUCCGUCGUGUGUCUGACACCAUGCGGUCGCUCGGGAAACCAGUCCAGGUAGAACCCUGUGACCUGAAAAUCACCAGCUACACCCAGACCCGGGAGUGUAUCACUCACCGGGCGUGGCUGGACAUCACCUUCCAAGACAUGACUCUGGUUCACCCGUUUUAUGUCUGCCAGCUAGACACUGAACCACUUCUCAUUGGUCAGGACCUGCUUGAACGUCUAGCUCCCCUCAUCGACUGCCAGAAGGGUCAACUGUGGGCCCAGGUGGACACACCUAAGCCCUGGAACCCGGAUAGCAGCCGACCAUCCUCCAUUCUUGAAGUCAGCCUAAGUGAGCCGCAAAACCCUUGUUCCAAGGUCAUGCCCCUCCCUACGGCUCCCACAGACGAUGACCGCCUGCAAAGGCACGAAACCGCUCCUGGAACUCCUUUCCACACACAUUCAUCUUUUCUCUGCUCGCUGAAGAAUGUCAGCCUGCAGCCAUAUGCACCACACAUAGUUGGUGGUCUCACCAUCAACUGCACCCACAUCUCAGAUGCUCGCCUUGCUCUUUGGUCAGAAAAGUCAGCCAUCAGCCAGCAGACGUUUGAACACCUGCGUCAGAGGGACCCCCUUCUGGUCAGUGUGACACAUAGUCAUCGACUCUUGUCAGCUACUUGGCCGCAGAGGCUCCUGAAAGCACCAGAGGUCUGCUCUCUGACUCUCCAGCUUGGAGCAAGACAGCUCACACAUUCAUUCAGCAUCAUACCACAGCUUGAUCCACCUGCUUUCAUUGGAGCAGAUCUGCUGGUUCGACUAGGUGCCCAGCUGGACACUUGCAAUCAAGUCCUUUGGGCCCGGGCCACACCAUGCUCUGAGCCUCGCUCAGAAGGCCCUGAACACUUGCUGUCCGGUCAGACCAUUCCACAGGCCUGCCGUGCAGUGGUGGAGGCCAGCACGGUUCUGCCCCCACAGGUCAAAGGAGUGCCUGUUCGUCUGACUCUGAUGAAGCAUCAGAAGCUGCCAGGCACCCAAGCCUUCUUCCAGCCAUCACCACAUUUCUUGGAGCUCAACUUAGCCGUCUGUGGCACGCCACUCUUGGAGCAGAACAAUCGUUCUGCCUACUUGCUGGUCGAAAAUCCGACACGGAGUCCUAUCCACAUGCCGACAGGAAAGCCCUUGGGCAUGCUGAUAGAUGGCUCAUUCCAUGACUUCGAACUUUCAGUCCCCGUGAUCGGACAACUUCCUUUGUUCUUGAACGACAGACAGGUUGGUGCAGACACAUUCAGUACUUUCCCCUCACAAAUGAUUACCAUCAAGCGGCAUGAAGCCCUUCCUGAGGAACCCAUUUGCAGUGCAACCUUAGAUACUGACGGCGGUCAGUGUCUAACGGUUUUUGCAAUAAACACUCAACCAUCUGGGUCACCGGUUGAAAGCCCGGAACCCCAGAGACCCUCCUCCUCUGAACCUUAUGACGGCUUUGAGGCCGAAGUCAGCCAGCAGCUUGACAUAGCGGAUGCGCUGGAAUCAGAGGAGCAGAGAGCAGAGCUUAAGAGCCUGUUCUAUGACUUUCAGUCCAUCUUAUCCAGGGACUCCCUGGACUGUGGACUCACAAAUCUGCACACGGUUCGCAUUCCAACGAACCCGAAUGCCCCUCCUACUUUUGUACGCCAGUACAAGAUUCCCCUCGCUGCUUAUGAGUCGAUCCAGGAGAUCCUCGAUCAGCUGAAGGAGAAAAACAUCAUCAGAGAGUGUAACUUCACUUACAACUCUCCCAUCUGGCCGGUUCUGAAACCGACUGGGAAAUGGCGUCUCACCAUAGACUAUCGUGCACUGAACAAGCAAAACUCUCUCCAGUUGCAUACAGGUUACGCAUCACCAAAGCAAGACAGGAGCCUGUCUACAAAUGGGUGCAUGCAAACCAAAUCAAACCCUACAUCAAACCGUCCCCGCGGGUACAGAGACCAGACUCCCCGCAGGAGGUGGACGUAGUCUCCACAUAGUUCUAUGCAUGGAUAUGGAAAGGGGGGAAGUGCAUGUUUAACCCACUAACAUGUACUAACCGACAAAGAACAAAGCCCCCCCCCCCCGCCGUCCCUUUCACUAACCAAGAGAACCUCCUCCUCCUAGACCGCAAACAGGAAGCUCUUACUAAAACCUUACAGGGUACUCUUGUAACUGUUAACCUACAUUCUGCUCUGAUUAAUGAAUCUCUACGUGCAAUCAAGACUUUGUCUGACACCAUACAUCAGGAUAUUGUGUACACACGAGUGGUGAGAGAUUUGAUGCGGGACCUGCUCAGGGAAAUGAGCUCUACUCUAGACAGCCUGGUUGAAGGUUGCAUUUCCACGUACUUGGUACCACUGGACCUGCUCAAAGAUAGUUUGACAGCUGCUACACCUCUACUGUGCACCUUUCACAAAUCCACCUAGUGUACAGCCUAGGCAGUGCAAUUCCCAUUCACGUUGAUGCAGAAAAUUAGAACUCAGUUUCCUGUUACAUGUUCCCAUAAUUGUGACACCUCACAUCUAUAGGUUUAAGUCGAUGCUGAACAUUGGUAUUUGAAAGGACGGUAGGCAUUUCCACUUUGAACUAGCAACCUGGCACUCCAUCACCUCAACCUCGAACAGCUUGAUUUGGAGAUUGAGAUCAUGGACGCUUUCCAGGGUUAUAACUUUACCAUCGAUUUAGAAAUUGACCAACAACUUCUGAUUGAAGGAACCAAACUUGUUAAGUUCACACAAACCCCACGUGAACUUACUCUGACGCCCAUGAAUAGAUACCCAAGACGCUACAUAGACACAGAUUAUACCACCUUAAUCUGCACAUUGGUUGCCCUGGGGCUGGGAUGGCUCGUCACGGCCGUGAUAGCUUAUUCCGCCUACAGGCUUGUUAAUAAACUCCAAGAUAAGAUGCACCUGCUCACCUACGGUGUGCCUCGUAACCGCGUUCGGGGAAACUCCAAGCAUGAAUGUACCACACCGGUCUAAAGGGGGUGAGCAACGUUUUCUUUGUUAUUCUGUAACCCUAAGAGUAGUUUCACUUUAGUUACCUCACAUUUUAACUGAGUGUUGCAUUAUGUUACAUUCUUUAUAUGCUACACACUGAAAGUAUUACUUAAGAAUGUAUUUUAUGAGACCUCAAGGUUGCUGUGAAUUUUCUUGGAUGUUAUGAUAUGUUUUUUUGGGGUUUUCUGUAUUUUUGGUUUCUUACUUGGUCACAUUUUAGCUAGUGGUUAUGUGCUGGCCCAGCUCAGUCUGUCAAUGACUCUGUCUGCCACCCAGCACAUUGUACUACCUCUUAGUUAUGGUCCUUGUUUUAGCCCAAAGACUGUCCUGAACCACCCUUUGGACCAAAAAGGGGGGAAUCUUGGGACCACAUAGGUCAAUGCGCGUUUGCGAACUAUGGACCUCGUACAUCACCGCGUGCUCCAUGAACUGAACUGUAUGGCCGGCGGUGAGAUGACCCUUUAUCCCUGACGGAUGCCCUUGUGUCCCCUCGUGGAGUCAACCGCCCACCGACCUUCCUCCUUCUACUACUACCUUUCGCAUGGACGACAUCAUCAUUGCGUACCACCUGCGUGGGUGGCUUCUUCUCGUUAUGCGCGUUGGGGACUAUCCCGUUUCCUAUCCUCUUUUGUUUUGUGCUGACCAGGAUCCAAGACAAAGACAAAGGCCAAAGGCGCCAGGAUCCAAGACAAAGACCAAAGACCAAAGACAAAGGCGUCCAAGGAGAUCAACGUUCCUAAGGGACAAACCCAUCUGUGCUUCCGACAAUCAAGUCGACCGACAACCAAGUCGACCAACGUCAUGAGGAACAAACCCAUCUGUGCUUCCGACGAUCGAGCUUUGGGCACGAUCCCCGAAACCAAAAGGGGGAAUGUUGAGGGUAUGCCCUCAUGAGGAAAUUACUAUGCAGUGAUUUUCUCCAAAAAGACUGUGCUUAAAUUGCUCUGAAAAAGCAGAUAAUAACAUCAGCACCAGAGACACUUCAUUUCCCAUGAUGCUUUGCAUAGGGAAGCAAGGUGAUGAUGUCACCACAACAACCAGCUCAAAAACUAUAAGUUUCAGCAAAAAACGAAACUUAACUGUUCUUAUGCCCAGUUCACUGGCCGUAAAGGACGCGCUGUUGCUGCUGCUCUGAUCAACGUGAGCCAGCGGGAGGCUGGCUGCUGGAGCAGAUCAAACACAGAACCGCUGGAAAAGGAACUCCAGCUCCAUCAAGCUCGCUAAGCCGGGGUCCCGAGUUUACCUGGCGGCACCAAGAGCCAACGUCAGAGAACUGUCGACAACCUGAACCUCCUCCACCACUGAGCUUUUGCUGGGAGGUCGGUGUGAGGAUCUUGACGUCGCUGGGAGACACACGGAUCCACAAAUUCAAGACCUGCGCAGAGAGAUCUGGUGAGACAAGUUUGUCUUUUUGUCAUUUUGUCUUUGUGGUACUGAGAGAGAAAAUUCCAAGGUGACCAGAGAUUCAAUUUGGUGUUGUCCACCGGAAGUGAUGUUUUUGACAGAUUCUCUGAAUGCUGUCUGAGUUUUGGGUUGGUUUUUAAGAAUUUUGGCCAGAGAAAUAGAAACGCUGCUCUAGUUAUCUUUGUUGUUUGUUUGUUUCAUGUUGUCUGCUUUAAUUGUUUGUUUGUUUGUUUGAAUGAAUGAGAGAGUGCCUGGACUUGCAUCAUUGUUGUAGAAAGAAGGAUAUGGCAAUUCAUUUACACACGUCUCACGUAUCGGUGGUCAGAUUUUUAUACAGGUUGGCUGACAUGCCGUAAAUCGAAUCCUGCUGUGUUCAGAACACAGUCGAAGGGUGGAAUCAUAAGCCUAAAUCUGACCUCACGCUGAAGAAAAGACGGUGUGGUAUCUAAAUAUGGGAAAUAGGAACUCACAAACACCUUUUGAGUAAAGAUGGUACAUUUAUGGAAAUGUAAGUCCAGGAAAUGGGGAAAUGAUCUGAAAAUUAUCAGAGGAUUGAUGAAAAAACAUGAUUUCUCUGUUAAUUUGAUAACCGCUGACGUGUUACGCUUACAGAGUAACCUUAAAGUUGAGAUAGUAAAAGAGAGAAAUGAGAUUAAUUAUCAUAAUUAUGGCUAUGAGAAAGCACAGAGCGGUGGAGAGAAAGAAAAGAGUUGAAACUGUAAAGCACAGAAUAAGCACAGCCUGCCACUAACCCAAAAUAACAUCAGCUGGUGCUCGGAAUCGCUCGAGGCCACACAAUUGUGGUCUGAGGGUUACUUAACUAGAAACAUAGAUGGAAAAUUAAGCACUUGACCAAGUUAAAGAAGAUACUUCAGCUGGAUGGAUCAACCCCAAGGUUGAAGUAGCUCACCUCAGGUUCAGUGAACAUGAUGUAUCUGGUAUUUUGGUCAUUAAUAUAAUUUGACUGUGUGAUUUAACAGUAAUUCCAGACGAACAAAAACUAGUGACUAUUGUCAACUUGCAUUUUUUUUAUAUCCUUAUUUUUUUCUAAAUCUUUGCAUCAGACAUUUUAAAUAAGACGAAGGGCGUUUCAGCAAAUGACAAUUGACACCCGGGCGGAAAGAUCCGGGGUCUCAUUUAUCAAAUGAUUUAUUGCAUAGAAUCCUUACUAAAACCGUACUUACGCUCAGCAAAAAAAAAUUUACUCACGCCAAGUAGGUUUGUGAUCUAUCAAACAUGGAGUACGCACAGCUGCACGCAAUCUCCGCUUCAUAAAUCUGAAACUAUCUAGAAGGGUUCUCAAUUGCUUUUUAGUCACAUCCCGCCCUCACCACGCCCACUUACUGCCCACUUACUGGAACUUUUCC